AUGCCCGCGCCGCCUCCUGACCCCCCGGAUUGGAAUGAUUCUAUGCACGCCCUGCGGAUAAGUGUGGGGGGCCUGCCAGUGCUGGCCUCCAUGACCAAGGCCGCAGACCCCCGCUUCCGACCACGCUGGAGGGUAAUUGUGAUCAUCUUUCUGAGCGUAGCCGCACUCUGGCUGGUCUACGCCCACCGCUCCCCUUCCGUCAGGCCCCCAGCACCCAAUGCCCACAACUGGCGGCUAAGCCCAGGCUCCACCGAGCACUACAACGAUACCUACCCGCUCUCCCCGCCCCAGAAGACACCCGGUGGCACCCGCUACCGCAUCGCCGUCAUCGCAGACCUGGAUACGGAGUCAAGGGCCCAAAAGGAGCACACCUGGUUCAGUUACCUGCAAAAGGGCCACCUGAUCCUAUCAGACAGCGGGGACCAGGUGGCCGUUCAGUGGGACGCAGACCACGAGGUCCUGGAGUCCCACCUGGCGGAGAAGGGGCGUGGCAUGGAGCUCUCGGAUCUGAUUGUCUUCAACGGGAAGCUCUACUCCGUGGAUGACCGGACGGGCGUGGUCUACCAGAUUGACGGCACCAAGGUUGUGCCCUGGGUGAUCCUGUCAGACGGUGACGGGACUGUGGGCAAAGGCUUCAAAGCGGAGUGGCUGGCUGUGAAGGACGAACGGCUGUAUGUGGGCGGCUUGGGCAAAGAGUGGACCACUACCACGGGUGAGGUGAUGAACGAGAACCCCGAGUGGGUGAAAGUGGUGGGCCAUAAGGGCAACGUAGACCACGAGAACUGGGUGUCCAGCUACAAUGCCCUGAGGACCGCCGCUGGCAUCCGGCCACCAGGCUACCUCAUCCACGAGUCGGCCUGCUGGAGCGACACACUGCGACGCUGGUUCUUCCUGCCACGCCGGGCCAGCCACCAGCGCUACAGUGAGAAGGAGGACGAGCACCGUGGCACCAACCUGCUGCUGAGCGCCGCCCAGGACUUCAGUGACGUGUCCGUACGCCGCGUCGGGGAGCUGGUCCCCACGCACGGCUUCUCCUCCUUCAAGUUCGUGCCCAACACCGACGACCAGAUCAUCGUGGCCCUCAAGUCCGAGGAGGACAGCGGCAAGGUGGCCACCUACAUCAUGGCCUUCACACUGGACGGCCGCUUCCUCCUACCAGAGACCCGGAUCGGUAACGUGAAGUACGAGGGAAUCGAGUUUAUCUGA